AUGAGCAACAUUGGUUCCGCUGCCGUUCACAACUCUAAUCCCCUUACUGUCAAUAACGCUGAUUCCCCUGCUUCCGAUAACACUGAUACUGAGAGUGUUAUCAGCUCCGAUCAAUCGCAGGUGAGCAGCGAUUGGGAAGAAGAACUAGAAGAUACAGAGAUCCUCGACUGGCUCUCUUCCUUGUCCAAAGAAGACUUUUCGAAAAAGCAAGCCGACUUUCUACGCCAAAGACAAGAAGGCACAGGACAGUGGUUUCUAGAGUCUCCUCAGUUUCAGGAAUGGUAUAGUCCUUGUUUCCUUCGAACCUGGCUCAUUCUUAUUUUCCCUCAAGCUAAUCAGCCCACUAGGCUCUCAAGGAAGUCGGUCACUCUCUUCUGCCCCGGCAUACCAGGUGCCGGGAAGACUAUCCUUGCAUCGAUCGUCAUUGAUCAUCUCCAAAGGAACUUGACGAACCGUGACGUUGGCAUCGCAUACCUAUACUGUAACUUCCGGCGCGUAGGCGACCAAACCGUGGAGCAGCUCCUUGCCAACCUCGUAAAGCAACUAAUCAUGAACAAGUCUCCACCGCCACGCGCAGUUGUGAAAGUCUAUUCUGAACGCAAUAAGUACCAAUCGGAGCCAUCGUUGAACGAUCUCGAAAAGAUGUUCCGUACUGUCGCUGCACUGUACAAGGAUGGGGUCUUCGUUAUUGUCGAUGCGCUGGACGAGUGUCAAAUGAGCGACGAUGUUCGUUCCAAGUUCAUUGAGGCAUUGCUGCGCCUUCAAUCGAAGAGAAGCAAUGUCAACAUCCUGGCUACUUCCCGCCCUGUACCUGAUAUUGUGGAAGCCUUUGAUGGGCACUCCACUCGACUUGAGAUCGUAGCCCAUAGAGACGACAUCGAGCGAUAUGUGCGCAAUCAGAUGUCCAACUUGCGCACUGUAUCAAAGUAUCCGGACCUCCAACAUGAAAUCGUCAGUUGUAUUGCCAAUGUCGCAGAUGGCAUGUUCCUGCUCGCUCACCUCUUCGUCGAAUCCUUGAAGGAUAAAGUUAGCGCAAAACUUAUCCGUAAAACACUGAACGAGCUUCAAAACGACUCUAAGGAAAAGGAGCCAAGACUUGCCCUAUUACGCCGGGCUUAUGACAACGUAAUGAAGCGAAUCAAUGGACAACCGGUCGGAUACAAGGAGCUCGCCAAGCACGUGCUAUCGUGGAUCGUCUGCGCUAAACGUCCUCUCAAAACGACAGAUGUUCAGUAUGCAUGGGCUGUCAAGGACAGUGAAGACGAGCUUGAUGAAACCGCGAUUCCUGAUGCCGAAGACAUGCUUUCGGCAUGUUGUGGGCUCGUUGUCAUCGACAAAGACAGCGAAAUCAUUCGGCUUGCCCACUACACAGCUCAGGAAUAUUUCCAGGAUACAUGGAUUGGUGCCUAUGGGCUCAAUGAUCUAGCCAAGGCACUCCUUACCGACCAAGCAAUGGAGGCCAUACGCCGCUGA